AUUUGACCGUUUUCCGCAUUUCUUGAACUUAUUUUUGUUCCGCUAUUUUGUUUACGUAACUAGCACAAAAGAAGAGGCCCGAAAACAAGGCCGAAACUUGCCCAAAGCGAGCAGCAACAUCAGCAAUAACAUCAACCAUCACCUCAAGUGUCGCCCACACAUCGCCUCCGCAACCGCAUUUGCGGCGACCACCGUGUCGUCAUCUGUGGGUAAACCGGAAUAGUGUAGUGCAGCAGAGGGGUGGCCUGGGGGAGGAUGUCGCGGGGCGCCCAAGAUCUGAUCGGGGUGCUGCGGGGCCUGCAGCUGGUGGCGGAGGCGUGCGGUCGCGAGCAUCUGGCGCUGACGAAGCAUCUGUGGAGCAACUCGAGCGUGCGCGAGCUGCUGGCAGAGAACGUGAGUCAGACGCGACAAACCGUACGCCGAGCAGGUGAGCAGCCGGGCGACGAGCUCAAGAAAGUGCAACAGGUGCUCCAGGAGACGACCGAACGGGGCUACGUGGUGGCCAAGGGAAUCUGCUCGCUGCUGGAAACGAAACUCUCGAUGAUGCCCCAACUGUCGGGCCCAACCGCUGGCCGGAGCCAGGAGCGGCGAAGGUCGUCGCCAGGCGCUGGUGAAACGGCGACGAGCGGGCAAGUGGAGCUGGAUGCCGCCAACCUAGACAUAUCCUCCAUCACGCUCGAGGAGUUCGAGGACAUCCUGUCCAAGCGCAACAAAAACCGUCAGAUCAGCCUACGUACGCCCACCACCCAGAGCAAGCAGGUGCCCAUCGCGCCGCCUGCCAGUCCAGCCGGUCCAGCCGAAGGCAUCCUCGCCAGGGACACCCAGUACGUGGACAAUGUGCUGCGCUUUGUAGCGAGUCCCUCGCCCAAUCCUCUGGACACAUCUCGGCGAAACGAGGGCGGCAUCGAUGUGCCCGAGCUGAGCAAGGUGGCCAAGCAGCGGCGUGUGCCAGCCUCGCGCCUGGGCAGAAUGGCCUCCUUUGGUGGCCUCUUCGCCGGCCUGGGCAUCGGCACGCUGAACGAGCUGACCAAGGGCGCCCUGGGCAUGGGCGGCUCCAAGACGAUGCGAGAGGCCUUGCUCAGUCCGGCGAAUGCGGAGCGUAUCGUGGACACGCUGUGCAAGGUGCGCGGUGCGGCCUUGAAGAUCGGCCAGAUAUUGAGCAUCCAGGACUCGAGCGUGGUGUCGCCGCAGCUGGCGAAGGCCUUCGAGCGGGUGCGCCAGGCGGCCGACUACAUGCCCGACUGGCAGGUGGAGCGCGUGAUGAACACACAGCUGGGGCCCGACUGGCGCCAGCGGCUGAGCAGCUUCGAGGACAAACCGUUUGCGGCCGCCUCCAUUGGGCAGGUGCACCGCGCCACGCUCACCGAUGGCAUGCAGGUGGCCAUCAAGAUCCAGUAUCCGGGCGUGGCCCAGAGCAUCGAGAGCGACAUCGAUAAUCUGGUGGGCAUGCUCAAGGUGUGGGAUGUCUUUCCGCAAGGCUUCUUCAUCGACAAUGUGGUGCGCGUGGCCAAGCGGGAGCUGCAGUGGGAGGUCGACUACGAUCGCGAGGCGGAGUACACGGAGAAGUUCCGCCAGAUGAUCGCCCCCUAUCCGGAGUACUAUGUGCCACGGGUGGUGCGCGAUCUGACCACCUCCAGUGUCCUCACCACCGAACUGAUACCCGGCGUGCCCCUCGACAAGUGCUUCGACCUCAGCUACGAGCAUCGCGCCCACAUUGCCGCCUGCGUGCUGAAGCUGUGCCUGCGCGAACUCUUCGAAAUUGAGUGCAUGCAAACGGAUCCGAACUGGUCGAACUUCCUGUACGAUGCGCCCAGUCGGCGGCUGAUGCUCAUCGACUUUGGCUCGACGCGCUUCUACAAGCACGAGUUCAUCCGGAAUUACCGCCAGGUGAUCAUCAGUGCCGCCCAGAACAAUCGCCAGGGCGUACUCGAGAUGUCACGCCAGAUGGGCUUCCUCACCGGCUACGAGACGAAGCAGAUGGAGCAGGCCCACGUCGAUGCUGUGAUGAUUCUGGGCGAGAUCUUUCGCUACGACGGCGACUUUGAUUUUGGCAAGCAGAAUACCACCGAGCGACUGGCCGCCCUGGUGCCCACCAUGGUGGCCCAUCGGCUAUGUCCGCCGCCCGAGGAGAUCUACUCCAUUCACCGGAAGCUCUCGGGCAUCUUCCUGCUCUGCGCCCGCCUCAAUGUCCGCAUGAACUGUCUCCCCUUCUAUCGGGAGAUCAUUCUCGGCAAAUUCAAGGACUAGUAGCAGCCUGGCUCCCCAUAUCCCCCAAAUGUUUCGGUAUUCCGUUUUCUCGAUCCUCGUUAAAUGUUUCACUUCCAGUACUAAGUGCUCUUAAUCCCAAUAUAUAUAUAUAUGUAAUAGACUUUUCUUAGCUC